AGACAAACGAUAACGCCAGCUGCACGUGCAUUGAAGAUUGGAACAAAUGUUUACCAAAUAAUAAUCAAAUAAUUAAUAAACAUGGGCAAAAAGGUGUACAAUGCCAAGGCACGGCAAAAUCCGCAAACAAUUGUGGACAAUUCCACUACAAAGAAUAUAAAGAUUGAGACGGAGAAUGUGAUUGGCGGCAUUUCCACGGGUUAUGAUGAGGCGAAUGCUUUGGUGCUGCCCUCCCAGAAGCGUGCCACCAAAAUCAAGGUGGAGAAGCGUCAGAAUGUCAAGAUUCUCUCCAAGAAGCAGCGCAAGCAUCUGCAGACCAUUGUGGACAAGAAGAAGAAGAAGGAGGGCCGCGCACAACUCUUGGAAGACUUGGCAGCAGUGCAAAUUCCGGAAGCUGAAUUGCAACAGUAUACAUCGAUUAGCCAAGUGCAGACGGUGGGAUUGAAGCGUCUCCAGACACUGGAUGAGUAUCUGGCCAAGAAGAAGGAGAAGCAAUCGCAGCUGCAGGUGGAGCAGACACAGCACAAGGCGGGACGACGUGUCAAUGCCAUCAAAGGUGCUGGCAAGCGACGAUUGUUGCUCGAGGAGCAGGAGGAGCUGGAGGCGAAGCGCAGGAAUCCAAAUAUACUAGAUGCCAAUGCGGAGGAGUCGUCGGAGGAGGAGGACACGACAACAGAUGAGAGUGACAGCGAUGAAGCUGAGGGAACAGCUGUUACCGCUGCUCCUGCUUCCACUCCCGCUCCAGUUGCAGCUCCCACUACAGAGGCAGCUCCCGCUCCUGCUCCGCCCAAGCUUAAACCCGCACCCAAAGCUGCCACGAAGCCCACAAUUCCCAGCUAUCAGCAUCAGACCGUAUUUGUGCCCGUGCAUCGCACGGAUGAGGUGCAAGCGUCGCGUCUCCGGCUGCCGAUCCUCGCCGAGGAGCAGCAGGUGAUGGAGCUGAUCAACGAGCAUCCCAUUGUGAUAGUGGCCGGUGAAACGGGUUCCGGCAAGACGACACAGCUGCCACAGUUCCUCUACGAAGCUGGUUACGCACAGCACAAGAUGAUUGGGAUCACGGAGCCACGUCGAGUGGCGGCCAUUGCCAUGUCCAAGCGUGUCGGACACGAGAUGAAUCUGCCCGCGAGUGAGGUGUCCUAUCUGAUACGCUUCGAGGGAAAUGUGACGCCGGCAACGCGGAUUAAAUUCAUGACCGAUGGUGUGCUCCUCAAGGAGAUCGAGACGGACUUUCUGCUGAGCAAGUAUUCGGUCAUUGUGCUGGAUGAGGCGCACGAGCGGAGUGUCUACACAGACAUCCUGGUGGGAUUGCUGUCCAGGAUUGUGCCGCUGCGUCACAAGCGCUCCAAUCCUCUCAAGCUCAUCAUCAUGUCGGCCACGCUGCGGGUCAGUGAUUUCACGGAGAAUGCACGGCUGUUCAAGACGCCGCCGCCAGUGAUCAAAGUGGAGGCCCGACAGUUCCCGGUGACCAUACACUUUCAGAAGCAAACACCGGAGGAUUAUGUGGCGGAGGCGUAUCGCAAGACAAUGAAGAUACAUGCCCAGCUGCCGGAGGGAGGCAUACUCAUUUUUGUCACCGGACAGCAGGAGGUGAAUCAAUUGGUGCGCAAACUGAGACGCACGUUUCCCUACCAGGUGAAGGACAACGAGAAGGAGCAGGCGGAGAAGGACAAGGAGCAGCUAAUGGAGAAGAAAGAUCCUGAGCGGGAUCAGGAGCAGGAGUUCGACAUGAAGCGCGUCAUACGCAACAUGCGCAAGUCGAAGAAAAAGUUCCUAUCACAAAUAUCGCUGCCCAAGAUCAAUUUGGAUGACUACAAACUACCCGGCGAUGACACCGAAGCGGACAUGCACGAGACAUCCGAUGCGGAGCUGGAGGAUGAGGAGGAGCUGGAGCAGGAGCAACAUCUGGAGCCCGCCACCAAGCAACCCUUGUGGGUGUUGCCGCUCUACUCGCUGCUCUCAUCCGAGAAACAGAAUCGCAUCUUUGAGCCUGUGCCGGAGGGUUGUCGCCUCUGCGUGGUCAGCACCAAUGUGGCGGAGACCUCGCUGACCAUACCGCACAUCAAGUACGUGGUGGAUGCGGGCAGACAGAAGACACGGCUCUAUGACAAGCUGACCGGAGUCAGCGCCUUUGUGGUCACCUACACGUCGAAAGCUUCAGCGGAUCAGCGAGCUGGACGCGCCGGUCGUGUGAGUGCCGGACAUUGUUAUCGCCUCUAUUCCAGCGCCGUGUACAACGAUCACUUUGCGGACUUCAGUCAGCCGGAUAUUGAGCAGAAGCCCGUGGAUGAUUUGAUGCUUCAGAUGCGUUGCAUGGGCAUCGAUCGUGUUGUGCACUUUCCGUUUCCCACGCCACCGGAUCGGCUGCAGCUCCAGGCCGCCGAGCGCCGUCUGAGUGUCCUGGGUGCCUUGGAGGCAACGGGGAUAAGUGGAGCAACUGGCUCAACGGGAGGGCAGGAGCAGAAGGAUACACCGCCGGCUGUCACCAAACUGGGACGUGUCAUCUCACGGUUUCCGGUGUCUCCGCGUUUUGGCAAGAUGUUGGCCCUGUCCAAUCAGCAGCAACUGUUGCCGUAUACGGUUUGUCUGGUCGCCGCCCUGUCCGUCCAGGAGCUGCUCAUCGAGACGGGCGUGCAGCGGGAGGAGGAUGUGGCGCCCGUCUCCAAUCGCUACCAUCAGAAGCGUCUCAGUUGGGCGAAUCAUGGCAACUAUAAGCUGCUCGGCGAUCCCAUGGUGCUCAUGCGUGCCGUGGGAGCUGCCGAAUAUGCCGGAUCCCAGGGGAAAUUGGCCAGUUUCUGUGCAUCGAAUGGACUGCGUCCCAAGGCCAUCAAUGAGGUGCGCAAGCUGCGUGUCCAGCUGACCAACGAGAUCAAUCUGAAUGUCAGCGAUGUGGAACUGUGUGUGGAUCCUCAGCUGAAGCCACCUAGCGAUGCUCAGGCUCGCUUCCUGCGGCAGAUACUGCUCGCUGGGAUGGGGGAUCAGGUGGCGCGCAAGGUGCCGCUGGACGAGAUUAGCGACAAGGAGGAGCGACGUCGUCUCAAAUACGCCUACAACUGUGCAGAGAUGGAGGAGCCCGCUUUCCUGCACGCCUCCUCCGUGCUGAAGCAAUCCUCGCCAGAGUGGAUCGUCUACCAGGAGGCGUAUGAACUGCAAAAUGGCGAUAGCAGCAAGAUGUUCAUACGUGGCAUCACCGCCAUCGAACCCGAGUGGUUGCUCCUCUAUGUCCCGCUCCUGUGCAACAUUCGUCAGGUUAAAGAGGAUCCCGCUCCACGAUAUGAUGCACAAAAGGGCAAGAUCUAUUGCUAUGUGGAUGCCACGUUCGGCAAGGCCGGUUGGGAGUUGCCACUCGGUGAAGUCGAGAUGCCGCUCAGCGAGAGGGCUUGCUGUUACUUUGGCAUGUUCCUGCUGGAGGGCAGUGUCUGUCCACAAUUGGCCGAGUUCAAGUCCAAGUUGAAAUCGACGCCUGCUUCGCUGAUCAAGAGCUGGUCGAGUCUCAAUGACAAAGUGCUCCGGUUUAAGCGUGCUCUGAUCACCAAGCAGAUUCACUCCCGCGAAUCCCUUUUGGCUCAGUGGAAGAGUGAACCCAAUUUCUUAAUCGAGGAGUAUCAGAAUCUGCUCUACGAUGUGGCUCUUAGCGAACUGACGCCCAUUUGGCCGCCACUCAAAGCUGCCACGCCCACAACUUGAGAAUCGCCCUCCUUAUCCUUUAAGUGAUUAACUAUGUGUCUUGUAAAUAAAUAUAUAAAACAAAUGCUAAACGUAA